UGACGUCAUUGCAUUCGGCGCCGGGGGAAAAAAUGGCGGCUUUGCAAGAUGGACCGAUGGAGCUGGACGCAGAGAAAGAGACAAAGCCUGAAAUACUUAGCGAUGGGACGUCAAACCUCUCGGGGAACACUGGGAACGGGGCCCUCUCCUCAUCACCCCUCACCGCUGCCCCCGCCGGCGGAGCCCCGAAGCAGGAGGACCAACAAACUUUGAUCGCAGUGCUCCAGUUUCUAAAGCGGAAUAAACUGUCAGAGUCGGUGGAGAUCCUGAGGCGAGAAGCGGGUCUCGCAGAAGACCAGGUGGACUCUCUGGCAGCCGAUGGCGGUGGAGGAGGGAAAGGAGACGGAGAUGGAGGGGAUGCGAACUCUCUGCUCAGCCGGGUGUCCAUCACAGCAGCAGCCGCCCCCCAGAGCACGCUGACCCCCGUGCCAGUCAAGAAAGACCAUCCAGAUGUCCGUGUGGUGCUGUCAGCGUACAGUCAGCAGGGGGAUCCAUCUCUGUAUCAGGUGUACUACAGCGACCUGAAGAACUUCAUAGAGUCAGUGCUGGACUGCCACCGAGCAGAACUGUCCCAGCUCUUCUACCCCCUGUUCGUUCACAUGUACCUGGAGCUGGUCUACAACAACAAUGAGACCAAAGCCAAGGCUUUCUUCGACAAGUUUAGCGGUGAUCAGGAGUGUUACUAUCUGGAUGACCUGCGUGUUCUUUGCGGCCUCAGUAAGAAAGAGCACAUGAAGGGGAACGAGGCUCUUCUGGAUUUCCGCACCAGCCGCUUCGUGUUGCGCAUCUCCAGAGACUCGUACCAGCUUCUGAAGAGACACUUGCAGGAAAGACAUAAUAACCAGAUAUGGAACAUCAUUCAAGAGCACUUGUACAUCGACAUCUUUGACGGCAUGCCCCGCAGCAAGGGUCAGAUCGACAGCAUGUCCGGCAGCCUUGGGGGAGAGGCCAAACGAGAAGUCAACAAAGCCAAGGUGUUCUACGGGCUGCUGAAGGAGCCAGAGAUUGAAGUCCCGCUAGAUGAUGAAGAUGAUGAAGCAGAGAAUGAGGAAGGGAAGCCCAAGAAGAAGAAAACUAAAAAGGACAGUAUAGGCUCCAAGAGUAAGAAACAAGACCCAAACGCCCCUCAACAGAACAGGAUCCCUCUGCCAGAGCUGAAGGACUCGGACAAACUGGAUAAGAUCAUGUACAUGAAGGAGAGCACCAAAAGAAUCCGGCUCAGCCCGGAGAACCUGCCUUCCAUUUGCUUCUAUACGUUCCUCAACGCCUACCAGGGUUUGACGGCGGUAGACUUCACUGACGACUCCAGUCUGUUAGCGGGAGGAUUUGCGGACUCCACAGUCCGCGUGUGGACCGUCACACCCAAAAAAUUACGCAAAGUCAAAUCUGCAGCAGACCUGAAUCUGAUUGAUAAAGAGUCUGAUGACGUUCUGGAGAGGAUUAUGGAUGAGAAGACGGCCAGUGAGUCUAAAAUCCUACACGGUCACAGCGGGCCGGUGUAUGGCGUCAGCUUCAGUCCAGACAGGAACUAUCUGUUGUCCAGUUCUGAGGACAGUACUGUCAGACUGUGGAGCCUGCAGACGUUUACAUGUCUCGUGGGGUAUAAAGGACACAACUAUCCAGUGUGGGACACUCAGUUCUCACCCUUCGGCUAUUACUUUGUGUCUGGAGGACACGACAGAGUGGCACGGCUCUGGGCGACGGAUCAUUACCAGCCCUUGCGUAUAUUUGCCGGGCAUCUGGCUGACGUCACCUGCACGCGGUUCCACCCCAACUCCAACUAUGUGGCCACAGGCUCGACCGACCGCACUGUACGCCUCUGGGAUGUCCUGAAUGGAAACUGUGUCCGCAUUUUUACAGGUCACAAGGGACCCAUCCAUUCUCUAGCAUUCUCACCUAAUGGAAAGUUCCUGGCAUCUGGAUCCACAGAUGGGAGAGUUUUGCUAUGGGAUCUUGGACAUGGGCUGAUGAUCGGAGAACUGAAGGGCCACACAGACACAAUAUAUGCCCUCAAGUUCAGCAGAGAUGGAGAAAUCCUCGCAUCAGGCUCUAUGGAUAACACAGUUCGGCUGUGGGACGCCAUGAAGGCUUUCGAUGACGUGGAGACGGACGACUUCACUGCAGCGACGGGCCACAUUCACCUGCCUGACAACUCCCAGGAGCUGCUGCUGGGGACGUACCACAGCAAAUCCACUCCCGUCACACACCUGCACUUCACCAGACGCAACCUGCUACUGGCUGCAGGAGGCUACAACUCCCAGUGAAGGGACCGCAUAUUUCAGAGGACAAUGACUUCAUGUAGAUGUGUGUUUUUCAUAAAUGGUGCAUGUUAUUUAAAGAUUACCACCCACCCUAACAUGUGAAAUAGGUUCAAGCGAAGUGAAAAAAGGAGUCAAGCACUGAGCAUACCUGGGAACAGCGACCAAUACCUCUUUCAUCAUUCAUUUACUGAUCCUAGAUCUCACACCUCGUGCUCUUAAGCUUACCUUUUCUCUUCCAUGCUUGUUUUCAAGGCCAUUAUGCAUCAAAUGUCUCAAAAUGACAUGGCUGGUCUCCUUUUGUCAAUUUAAACUUUUCCAUUCUAAUUCAGAAUCUGGUUCUUGGUCUUUGAAAUGUGAUGCAUAUGAGUGCUGUUGUCAAUGUCUGUACAAGCUUUUAUACUAGGUGCCUCAAAGUGUAAAUAAAACAAGUUUUCUACACAGUG